AAACAGCGAAGAAUUUUCGAAAUAAAAUUUCGACCCUAUUUAAUGAUAAUUUGUCUUUAAAAUUACGAAAUCAAACAUUUUUUUCUAUUUCUUAACAGUCUACUUGAUGGUAAAAAUUUAAUACCCAAGCAUGACAUCAUCAAACACCUUGCAAAAGGCCAUUGACCUUGUCACUAAAGCAACAGAAGAAGAUAAGAAUAAAAACUAUGAAGAAGCUCUCCGUCUGUAUGAACAUGGAGUGGAGUACUUCUUGCACGCUGUUAAGUACGAAGCUCAAGGUGAGAGAGCUAAGGAAAGCAUUCGAGCUAAGUGUCUCCAGUACCUAGAUAGGGCAGAGAAAUUAAAGGAAUACCUCAAAAAGGAUCGUAAGAAGAAACCUGUAAAGGAUGGCGAAUCCAACUCCAAAAGUGAAGACAAAAAGAGUGAUAGUGACAGUGACUCUGAUGAUCCUGAAAAGAAGAAGUUACAGGGAAAACUUGAAGGAGCCAUAGUAGUUGAAAAGCCUCAUGUAAAAUGGAGUGAUGUUGCCGGCCUAGAAGCUGCAAAGGAAGCUCUCAAGGAAGCUGUCAUUCUUCCUAUCAAGUUCCCCCAUCUCUUCACAGGGAAAAGAAUACCUUGGAAGGGUAUCCUCCUUUUUGGACCACCUGGUACUGGUAAAUCAUAUUUGGCAAAGGCGGUUGCUACAGAAGCCAACAAUUCAACUUUCUUCUCUGUAUCCUCUUCAGAUCUUGUCUCAAAAUGGCUUGGUGAAUCUGAAAAAUUAGUCAAAAAUUUGUUUGAUCUGGCAAGGCAACAUAAGCCCAGUAUAAUUUUUAUUGAUGAAAUAGAUUCACUUUGUUCAUCUCGUUCAGAUAAUGAAUCUGAAUCUGCUCGGCGUAUUAAGACUGAGUUUCUGGUACAGAUGCAAGGUGUCGGAAAUGACAUGGAUGGAAUUUUGGUGCUUGGAGCUACAAAUAUCCCCUGGGUUCUUGAUGCUGCUAUUAGGCGACGUUUUGAGAAACGUAUUUACAUUGCCCUACCAGAAGAGCAUGCAAGAUUGGAUAUGUUCAAAUUACAUUUGGGCAACACCAGGCACCAAUUGACAGAACAGGACAUGAAGGUAUUGGCUGCUAAAACAGAUGGUUAUUCAGGUGCAGAUAUCAGCAUUGUUGUUCGUGAUGCUUUAAUGCAGCCAGUACGUAAAGUGCAAUCAGCCACACACUUCAAAAAGAUAUCUGGUCCCAGCCCGACUGAUCCUGAUGUAAUUGUAAAUGAUCUCCUGACCCCAUGUUCUCCUGGUGACCCAGGAGCAAUGGAGAUGACCUGGAUGGAUGUACCAAGUGACAAGUUGGGUGAACCUCCAGUCACAAUGUCAGAUAUGCUGCGAUCAUUGGCAACAUCUAAACCUACUGUCAACGAUGAAGAUAUGACCAAACUGAAGAAGUUUAUGGAAGAUUUUGGUCAGGAAGGAUAAGGAAGGAAUGUAUACUAUGGUGUUUCAUUGUCCAAUUUAUCUUAAUCUUUUUGAUUCACAGAUACUUUGUUAGAUUUGCACAGUGCUUGUAUUGCACAUGAACAGGAGAUUAAUUUUUGGGGUGAUACAGCUUUCAAUAAUUUUAUAUCAAGAUGUUAAUGCAACAAGUAAUUAUUCUGUACAGUGUAUUAAUGGUUGCUUGAUUUUGUUGUAUGAAAUGACUUAUUUACAUAAUUUAAAUUGUAAAGGAAUCACCUAUGGGCCUUUAUCCAAGAUUUGUAUAUUUAAUUCUAGAAACAAUUGUGAAGUAGUUAGGUUCAAGCUGUACAAACAAAUUGACUAUACCUACCAUGCUUUGAAAUUACUGAUAAUGUUGAUUUGUAUCUAUUAUGUUUAUAAUCAUUUAGUGUAAGAAAUUACGUAAGUGAAUGUAACCUUAAAAGCUGUUUGCCUCCAAGUAACAGGGUUUAUUCUGCUUAACCUAGUGCAUGAAUAUUAUCUCACUAUUUGAAGUAAUCAUGACUUUAUAUGGACAAUACUGUUUAAUCAUAAUGUUAUUGUAAUUCAGAAAUUCGUGAUUAUUUGUGAUACAAAGUUUCGGCAUAAAAGGAACAAGUUGCAUUUUGUGUUUGUAUUUCCAAUUACAUUUUAUACUUUAUACUUAUUCUUUAAGUUAGUUUUAGGGGCGCUGUCAAAGCUAUGCGGAUUGAGGGGUUGUUUAGACUCGGGACAGAACUGUCAAUUAACUUGAUUGUUCAGGUUUUCAAACUUACAAGAUGGUGGUCAGCUCCAUUAUCUGCUACAGUGCUACCUGUUACGUUUUCAUACCUGAUUGGGAGGGGAGAGUACCAGUUCUUUGAUUAGUACAGUGAAUGCCCUAAGAUACCUGAAACCCUAAAUGUUCAUUUGGUUCUAAGUAGAUUAGUCUGAAGAAUGAUCAAUCGAACUUUAACCAGUAAGCCGUGAAAUUUUAUUAUGACUUCCUCAUUGUAUCAUUAGUGACCUAACGUUUUAUAAAACUUUUUAAGCCAAUAUCGAUUUUUAAUUAUAUUACAUAAAUACAAAUUUCAACCAAAAAGCUGGAAUUCCAUUUUCUGUUGAAUGCGUAAGAUGGCUUCCAGAACCAAAACAUCCGAUUGGGGGUGAGGUUAGAGCAUCGACUGUACUUCUAAAAUGUGGCCAGACAUGAGUCUUGUUAAUUUGACUUCGUAUAAGAGACGGCAUAUUCCAUGCGUGUUUUCAUCCGCUUUCUAUAAACAAUGGUUGUUUAAAGAUGCAUGUAGCGAGCAAAUAUUGUGAAGUCCACUUGUGAAUGUAGAUAAAACCGUAAAACUUUGUAAAUGCCCUAUUUCGUCUUUUGCUUAACUGUUUAUAAAUAUUAAAUAGUAAAAAUAAAAGCCUAUUGUUUUAAUAAAAAAAUUGAUAAAUUAUGUAAAUCUCCCAAUAAUAUUACUUAAUUACAUUUCUGAAUUAUUGUAGAAUGUAUUUUUUGUCAUUUAUUUUAUGUCGUAAAAUAAGGGUUAAUAAUAAUGUUUGAAAUAUAGGAAAUGUUUUUAUUUUGCGUAAUUGGUUAUCUUGGGAAAACGUAAUUGCAAGCAAGA